AGAGAUGAGAACUGUACCAAACUACUACCGUUCUUACACUUUCAUCUUCAUAUUCAUCUUCUUCGUUUUAAUUCUGUUUCCCGCUUUCUGUAACUCUGCCAACACUCUGUCGGCUACAGAAUCUCUCACUAUCUCAAGCAAGAGAACCAUUAUAUCUCCUACUGAAAUCUUCGAGCUUGGUUUCUUCAAUCCCGCAUCAAGUUCUCGUUGGUAUCUCGGGAUUUGGUACAAGAAAUUCUCUCCAAGAACCUACGUAUGGGUUGCGAACAGAGACAACCCUCUCUCUAAUUCCAACGGAAUUCUCAAAAUCUCCGACAAUAAUCUUGUCAUUUCCGAUCAAUCCGAUAGAUCUGUUUGGUCAACGAAUCUAACCGGAGUGGAUGUGAGAUCUCCAGUGACCAGAGGGUUCCCUGAAUAUUACGUAUGCAACAAAGAGUCGAUCAUGUACCGAAGCGGUCCGUGGAAUGGAAUCCGGUUUAGUGGCAUACCGGAGAUGAAACUAAAUGAUUACUUAGCUUUUAAUUUAACAGCGAGUAAUGAAGAAGUGACUUACUCAUACCGAAUCACCAAAACCAACAUAUACUCGAGAUUAAUCCUAAACUCCGAGGGAUUAUUUCAACGGUUCACUUGGAUUGAGAAAUCACAGAGUUGGAAUCUGUUAUGGUUCUCACCAAAGGACCUAUGCAAUAGCUACAAACAUUGUGGGAAUUAUAGUUAUUGCGAUUCGUCCACUUCACCAAAUUGUAAUUGUAUCAAAGGGUUUAAGCCAAGAAAUGAGCAAGCAUUGGAUUUGAGAGAUGAUUCUGAUGGUUGCGUGAGGAAAACCAAGCUAAGCUGUGACGGCAGAGAUGGGUUUAUGCGGUUGAAGAAGAUCAAAUUGCCAGAUACUACGGAGACCAUUGUGGAUAGAGGAAUUGGGUCGAAAGAAUGUAAAGAGCGGUGUCUAAAAGAUUGUAAGUGUACGGCAUUCGCUACUAUGAAUAUUAGUAAGGGCGGGUCGGGUUGUGUGAUUUGGAACGGAGAGCUUUUGGAUAUCCGAAAUUAUGCAAAAGAAGGUCAGGAUCUCUACGUUAGACUAGCCGCUGCUGAUCUCGUGGACAAGAGAACCAAAAAUGGAAAAAUCAUAGGUUCGAGUAUUGGAGUGAGCAUUUUGCUUCUUGUGAGUUGCAUUAUCUUCGGGUUUUGGAAAAGAAAGCACAGGCGAUCAAUAGCAAUUCAAACACCUAUUGUUGAUCAAGUGAGAAGACAAGAUCAGCUAAUGAACGAAGUGACUGAUUCAUCGUCAAGUACACAUCGCAACAAUGAAUGCACUGUGAACCAAAUCACUAUCUCGGUUAUUGACGCUCGC